GUGGAGCUGUCAUGGCGGCGCUGUGUCGGACCCGUGCCGUGACCGCUGAGAGACAUUUUCUGCGACUGUUUCUCUUCUCUCGGCCCUGUCGAGGUGCAGGCAAUGACAGUGGCUCCGGAAGCGAGAGUUCUGACUCCACGGAGCCUAGGCCGCGCCCAGGCGGCUUCGCGAGCGCUUUGGAGCGGCACUCGGAGCUGCAACGGAAGGCGGAGCUCGGGCGGAUGAGAGGCUCUCCGAAAAAUGUGGAAUCCUUCGCAUCUAUGCUGAGACAUUCUCCUCUUACACAGAUGGGACCUGCCAAGGAUAAACUAGUCAUUGGACGAAUCUUUCAUAUUGUGGAGAAUGAUCUUUAUAUAGAUUUUGGCGGCAAGUUUCAUUGUGUAUGUAAAAGACCAGAAGUGGAUGGAGAGUGGCGCAGUGGUAAAGAAUUCGCCUGCCAAUGCAGGGGACACAGGUUCGAGCCCUUCCCUGGGAAGAUUCCACAUGCCACGGAGCAACUAAGCCCUUGCGCCACAACUAUUGAGCCUGUGCUCUAGAGCCCGUGAACCACAACUACUGACCCCAUGUGCUGCAACUACUGAAGCCCAUGCGCCUAGGGCCCGUGCUCCACAAGAGAAGCCACUACAGUGAGGAGCCUGCACACCACAACGAAGAGUAGCCCCUGCUCGCAACAACUAGAGAAAGCCAGUGUGCAGCAAUGAAGACCCAACACAGCCAAUAAAUAAAUUAAAAAAAAAAAAAGAUCCUUUCCUUUCUAUAUCUGAUAAUCCUAAUAACCAGUUUUUUAAAAACCUGUGUUGGCACUUUAUAUACAUUGUCUGAUUUAUUCUGCACAAGAAGCAUAGAAAGUAAAAGAUAUUAUCCCUAUUUUCUAAAUGAAGAAAAUGAGUCUUUGAGCAUAAAUAAGGUGCUGUAGCACCUUUUUGAAUUAUAAUUAAUUACAAUUAUUACAAUUGUAAUUAACAAGGCAGGGAUUCAAACUUAGGGCUGUGUAUAUCCAUCACCCGGGAAUUUUCUUUCACUGUUCUGUGCUGCUCUCUAAAUCCUGCAACAUAACAGCUACUAAAGUGUCAUAAAAACCUCCUAAAGUAGUCUCACAUGUGAACCAGGUUUAUACCAGGACCCUGAAAGCAGUAUGGUAGUGAAGCUCUAUAGAGGUCUGUUAAAGACUGGUAGGUAUCCUGUUUUAAUAUCCUGGGUUAUGGUGUCCAUAGUAUAGUGUGUUUAAAUAGUAUUACCGCCAAUAAGCUGAUGACCAGUGGGUCCAGGCUUUAUUUCAGAACAGAUGUGAAUCAUAAUUGUGGUGAGAGCUGUAGUCACAGGAACCAAUUAAUGUCUAAUGGUGAUUAGUAGCUUAGAGUCAGAAUGCCUCUUGUUAUUUGGGAAUGAUAUAUUUCAAAAAAAAGUUUAUUUUGCAAAUAGUAGAAAGUUGACUAUACAUAUAACACUUAACUUUUAAUUGAUUCACUUUAUAAAAUAUGCCAUUUAUUUUCUUGAACCUUGUUAGACCUAAAGUUGUUUAACCUGUUUUUUGUCUUUGUUUUGAUGACCCAGGGUCAUAAUUAUAAACAUUAAUUCCUGUAUUGUAUCACAACUCAAAUAUAUAGAAUUAUUGUUUCCCAGCCACAUAAUCCUCCAGUUCUGUAAUUUUAAUGUUUCACCUUUGGGUGUCAUCUUUUUCUGCUGUCAUAUCUGUGUCCGCAUUUUUAACUUUCUUAGACUUCUUAAUUUUCUUCUUAUAUUCUGAUGCCUGGGCAAUUGGUCACCAAAACUGUUGUGCUUAAAAUAAGAACAAGUAGAGUUUGAGUAAGGACCUCACAGCCUCUUAUGUAAGUAAAGUGUAUGUACUUUAGUACAUGAACUUCAACAUGUAUUUUGACUGCUCCUAAACUCCCCUGCUUAAUUCUCAUUGGGUUCUGUGGAGACUUGAUGUCAUCAGAUAACUGACUUCCUGAUAAGUGAAAUGUAACUAGGUCGGGGUCUUGCCUGUAUUGACUGUCUGUUCACUGAUGCCCUUGGUAGGGAGUGUCAUAUAUCAGAAAAGUGUUUGUUGAACCAAUCCAAGGUGCUGAGUGUCCUAGACAAGAGCAGUUGUGGUUCAGACUUUAACAUCUCUAGUAGGAACAGUAGUGAAAAUAAGAUGGGAUUAUUGGAUGUAAAAUACUAUUUGAGAUGGUGCCAAUUCUGGCAGUGAAUUUGUAACUAAAUGAGUAAAUUUCUUAAGAACAUUGUUAAGCGCAGAGUAUUGCUUUACAGCAUUGAUUACUUUGAUUGGCUUGGAAUAUACCUAUAAUAUAUUUUUUAAAUUAGUUAAUUUAUUUAUUGGCUGUGUUGGGUGUUCAUUGCUGUGCACAGGCUUUCUCUAGUUGUGGCGAGCGGGAGGAACUCUUUGUUGUGGUGCAUGGGCUUUUCAUUGCAGUGGCUUCUCUUGUUGCAGAGCAUGGGCUCCAGGCGCGCAGGCUUCAGUAGUUGUGGCUCACAGGCUUAGUUGCUCCGCAGCAUGUGGGAUCUUCCCGGACCAGGGAUGGAACCCGUGACCCCUGCAUUGGCAGGCAGAUUCUUAACCACUGCGCCACCAGGGAAAUCCCUGUUAUAUAUUUAAUCAGUCUUAAGAACUAAGCUGCUGAUUUUAUUAAUUGUAUUUUUAAAUAAACUGGGCCAUGGUACAAUUUUUCACUGAGUUAGCAGACAGUUAAUAAGCGGCUGUUGUGUGCCAUCUCUGUGAUUUAUGCUAGCGAUAUACAGAUGAAAGGCUAUCCCUGCUUCCAAGGAGUUAGUGAUUCAGUUGGGGGACAGAGAAGUAAACCAAUAUACAUAGUACCCUAUGAGUUCUAUUUACUGUAUCCUACAGGAGGAGAGAAGAGGGGAUUGGUGACAGAGUCAGCUUGUGUCAGAGACAGUUUCCCAGAGGAACUAACAGUUGAACUGAGUUGUAAAGGAUGGUUAGGAGAUACGAAGUGUAAGAAAUGGGAGGGAGCUGUACUUGCUAGAGAUUUCAGUGAGAGAGAGCCAGGCUCUUCUGGGAACUCAAGUGGCUUGGUUAGCUUAAGUUUAGGAGAAGUGGCGGCGGGGUGGGGGGGAGAGUAUGGAGAACCAUUUAUAUACCAUUCUAAAACAUUGGGGCUUUACUCUGAAAGUGGUAAAGACACAUUCAAAUAUUCUAACAGGUAACAUGGACCACACUUCUAUUUCAGUGAGAUCAUUCUGGUUGUGGUGUGGUGUGGAGUAUGUAUUAGAAGAAGGAAACGGGAGUUAGAGAGACCGGUAAGGAAGCUUCUGGAAAGAAAUGAUAAGAAUGUGAAUUAAGUCUAGGGGUCAGGAAAGGAGACUUUUAUUAAUAAUUUAGGAGCUAGAAGAAACAAGUCUUGGUGACAGGAAUUGUGACUUGUGAGUCAGAGGGAAAAGUUUCUGACGGUGUUGGAUUUCAGACAUGAAUGACUAGAUAGAUAGUAAAUUGAGUUGCAUUGGGGAGGUGGAGAAGGGAAAUGUAUUAUAUUGAUACUUUUGCCUGCUUCAAAAAUAAAAAUUAAAAUGCCCAGAUUUAGAUUAGUUUGAUUCUCACGUUCUCACUCAUGGCUAUAAUAAUUCUGAUUAGUAUCAGUUAAGGAAGAUUCCUCUUUUUUACUGAAAUUUAAAAUUCCUAGGGUUAAACCAUGCUUAUCUUUUUUAAAGAGCCUUAUCUCUAAAUCCUUUUAUUUCAUUAAAUUAUAUUUUAAUUUUGAUUUUUUUAAAGAAUUGUAUACCUUUCUGUAAAAUCCUAAAGUUCAGUUUUACAAGUAAAGUCCAUUGAUUUAUUUAUGUUUCGUGAAGAUUUCAUCUCUUAAAGCAUUAUUUCUACACUCAUAU